CCUAGGUGAAAUUCGGGGUACCACAUACCUUGAGUAUGAAAACACUAUCUAGACCUUGAAUUGACCGAUCUUUCGGACAUGAUACUAUACUCUAACACUUAAAAAUCAAAAUAUAGGUGUUAACUCUCCCAAUCUUAUACUCCAAGAUCAAUUUAAUUAGAAAUAAUAAUCGACGGUUAUGAUUCAUCCAAAUAUAGGCACAAAAAUGAAUGCACCAUCUUAGGGUUUAUAGAUGAUGAUUUAGAUAAUUAUGACCUAGGGUUCACUCAUUAAGGGUUAGGGUAUAAUAUCAGACACAAAAAUCCUGGUAAUUCGAGGUCUAGAUAGAGUUUACAUACUCGAGGUAUGCGGUACCCCGGAUUUCACCCGGGGUACCAUAGAAGCCACCAUAUAUAUAUAUAUAUAUAGAGUGCUUGUGUUGUUUUAGUGUUUUCGAGUCAUAUGAAUCCAAAUGAUGAUGUGAAUAUUAUUAAUAACCGGUAUAUAAUGUAUAUAAUUGCAUUAGAUUUAUUGGGGUCAAUCGGUUAUUGAUAUGUUACCAAAACUUCAUGUGAUUGAGCAAUAUUUAUUCGAAUCCUGGUGACCUCAUUUGUUAAGCACAUUGUAUUUUGAUGCUUGUAUAAACGUCAAAUCCUUCUGAGCUAGGGAUGGCAAUUUUGACCUGACCCGUUUUACCCGACCUGUUUGACCUGCUUUGGGGUGGGUCCGACCCGGCCCGUAGCCGGGGCGGGCAUGGGCACCUCCCAUCGAUCUGACCUGCCCCGCCCCGCCCCAUUCUUGACCUGUUCUUCCCUAAAUUACAUGUAAUCUUAAUCAAAUUAUUUAGGAGUUCCUUUUAUUACCUCAUAUUUUAGCUGUAAUAUACUGGUAAAUAAGUGAAAACCUUAAUUUCUCCAAUAAUUUAACUACAUUUCAUCAUAUUAUGGUUUUUUUCUUGGUAUUUUAAUGAAAAUAAUGAAUAUUUAGAUACCCAUUGGGUCGACCUACCUCGACCCGCGUCCUGUGAUAAAAUACCCGACAUGGACCCGACCUGCCACGGAGCGGGUAUGGAUAUCGAGAUACCCGUUCGGACCUGCCCCAUUGCCAUUCUUAUUCUGAGUUGACCUUUGGUUUGAGAGUGCUUGCUAAUAAGUGGUAUAUACUAUAUAAUCAUAAUUGAACACCUCCCAAUAACACAUAUGAGAUUUAAUAUAAUUUAUAAACAUAUGAAUAAUACGAUGACAAUGAUCAUAUAUUCGGGUUAAACCAAUCGAAUCUUUAACCUUAAACCGAAACUAACGACAUCAACCGAGUUGACAAACUUAGUCCAAUCCCACGUGCAAUUUACUAUUUUCAACAUAUAGUCCCCACAUUUUCAAUUUGUUUAACUCUCCUCCCUCCCUCUCUUUAGAAAAACAAAACAAAACAAAAAACCCCACCCUGCUGCUAGCCAGCUAACUACACUCAGCUCCGCUCCGCUCCGCUCUUUCCCUCCCUCACUCCCACCUCUAGCUUUCCUCCGGUCGCCGGCCGGUCGGUCAGUCUCCUCGCCCGACAAUCUCCAUUCACAUGCACUAUGGAUUGCUACGAAGCUACUAAGACGGUCUACUCAAGAGUCCAAGGUUUGGACCCAGAGAAUGCUUCCAAAAUCAUGGGCUACCUCCUGCUGCAGGAUCAAGGAGACCGAGAAAUGAUUCGAUUGGCCUUCGGACCUGAAUCUUGCCUCCACAAUCUCAUCCUUCAAGCCAAAACCCACUUGGGUCUGCCGAUUUCCCCAUCGUCUUCGUCUUCGAAUUCGACGAUUUCGUUCUCCUCUGUUUCCAAUUCCAACACUCCUUCGACGCCGUCCACUCCUUCCUCGCCGUCCCCUUUCCUCAGCUCGAGACCCAGCGCGCUGAGAAUCUCCGGUUGUGGGGCGGCGUUCGACAACGGGUCGUCUCCCUCCGCUGCUGCUUUCAGCCCUUCGCUUUCCUACGCCAAUGUCUUCAAUGGAGGGAGUAACGGUAACGGUAAUGGGAACGGGAACGGGAACAGCUGUCUUGGUGGUAAUAAUGGCGGCGGUGGUAUUGGUAAUGAUAUGGGUAUUGAUGAGUUUCAAGUUCACAGUGACCACUUCUCUUUCCUCAACGAAGGUAGUAAUGCAGACCAGGUGUUUGAUCCGAGGCCUGACUGGGGGAAUCUCUUGAGCCCAACGGCUGGAGGGGGUCAUGACGAUGGGAUUAGUUCGCAUUUCCACCGGCGGAGCUUCUCGGUUCCCGGCGUGUACUUUGGGUCUGGCGAAGAAGGCGCCGGCGGUGGUGGUGGGUUCGGGUGGAAGCCCUGCUUGUACUUCGCCAAGGGGUUCUGCAAGAAUGGGUCGGCUUGCAAGUUUCUUCAUGAAGGAGGAGAGAAUGCUGCUGUUUCUGAUGGUGUGGCUGCUCUGGUGGGUUCCCCUGUGAAGCUCAAUGGAUUUGAACAGUGCCAUGACUUACUCAUGAGAUCGAAGUCUGCUGUUCAUCAGCAGAAGUUAGCUGCUGCUGCUGCCUCGCAGUUCAUGGCCCGUCCUGCUGCUUCGAAUCUUUCGUAUAACGAGUGCAUGAAUUUGCUUCUGCAACAAAGUGAUGCCCAGAGAUCAGCUGCAGCUGCUGCAUUGUUGAUGGGGGAUGAGCUUCACAAGUUCAGCCGGUGCCGGCCGGAGAGGACAACCGAUUUCUCACCGUUGGGAUUGGGUGGAGGGAUACUGAACCCAAGUGCCAGACAGAUCUACUUGACGUUUCCAGCUGACAGUACAUUCAGAGAAGAGGAUGUUUCCAAUUACUUCAGCAUUUAUGGGCCAGUGCUAGACGUGAGAAUACCAUACCAGCAGAAGAGAAUGUUUGGGUUCGUCACAUUCUUGUAUCCAGAGACAGUGAAGCUUAUCUUGGCCAAAGGCAACCCCCACUUUGUCUGUGACUCUCGUGUGCUUGUCAAGCCUUACAAGGAGAAAGGCAAAAUCCCUGAAAAGAAGCAGCAGCAGAUGGAGAGAGGAGAUUUUUCACCCUCAGCUUGUUCAAGCCCACGUGGGCUUGAUUCCAGAGAGCAGUUUGACAUUAAUCUUGGGGCCAGAUUGCUGUACAACACUCAAGAGAUGCUGCUACGAAAGAAAUUAGAGGAACAAGCAGAUCUACAGCAGGCCAUUGAACUCCAUGGCAGAAGGCUAGUGAGUCUACAACUUCUCGACCUGAAAACCCACCGUCGUCAGCAUCUCCUUAAUGGUCUAUCCAAUGGGUCUCCAGUUUCAUCCCCAACUGGCUUGGCUCGUAGUUUCAGCCAUCCGGUCCGUGUUGGUAGCAUUGACCAAGAAGGCCUUUCUCCGUCUGAAGAGAAUGGAGGUUGCCUGCAUGAUGAUGAUGAUGGAGAAGUAGCUUCUGUAAAUGCUGUUGCAGGAAGCGUUGGUCGGGAAUUGAAUCCUCCCUGCAGCCAAAGCAAUGGAAAUGGCAAUGAAGAGAAGUACUUCACUGAACAAAAUGGUCUCCAGGAAAGUUUGGAACAUAUCCACCUCCCAGAUAACCUCUUCAAUUCUCCCAAGAAAGCUGCCGGUGACCAUCUCAAGACUGCUUUCUCUGCAUCUCUUGAAGUUCCUGAGAUUUCCACCACCACCACUACCACUUCUGCUCUCAACAUGACCCCUUUGAAGUCCUGUUUUCCCCAAAUGCCCAGGCUUACCUCUGGUGGGCAUGGAACUAUUGGCAUAUAAAAAGAGCCCCCAACUUAAUAAAGCCUUGAUCUUGGAAUUGACUUCGGUAGGGUAAGUUAGAAAAGAGUUUUACCACAUGGAUUUCUCGUAUUAAUAUCUUAUUAAUCCUGCAUAGGAUUCUAUUUUGUGCACAUGCAAAGCAGAUAGACAACAUGGACUGUUUUCAUGAUGCUGGCCUGUUUUUGUUGGUUCUUUUUUUCUUUCCUGGUUGCAGAACUAUUGGAGAAAAACAGAAAAAAGGGCCAGAUGAUGACUAGAUGAGAGAAUAUACAUUUCAAACUCAUCAUCACCAUUCACCAUAGUCAUCGGUUAGCUGUAUAUCCCAAAGAACCAUAUACCCUACAAGAAAGGAAAAACAGAUCUGUAGACAAACAAGGCCUUGGGAGCAAGAUCGCCAUCAUCAAUACAUACUACUUACUACAACAAAAUACAUAAUGGAUACAUUAAAAGUAAGAAAAAGGACAGAGGUAGUACUCUACUAUUUCUACUGAUCAUAUUUGCUCUUUCAGUCUUUUCUUUUUAACCUUUUUUUUUUUACUGUUGGGAAGAGGAUCAUUUCAUAUUCAUAUCAUCAUAUGUGUUUGAGAGAGAGGGUGAGGACUGAGGUCUUUCAUUUUCCAAAUUGCUGUCCUCUUUCUCACUGUGUAACCUAUGUAGGUAAUGAGCUGGACCACACAGCAAUCAUAUAUAUAGCUGAAAGUGUAGAAAAUAAACAAAAAGCGCUGUUGUUGUUGUUGUUAAAUAGUAAACAGUAAUAGAGUUAGUCUAUAAAUGAAUAGAUCUCCCUUUCCCAUUUGUGCAAGUUUUUUGUUCUUACUAUUCAAUAUGAGAAAGUUGAAAUAGUGAUCUCUUUCCUUCCCAAGUUGUGUUCUUUCUGUUCAUAGAUUGUGUAUUAGAUUAUGAUUAUAUGGGUUUGCAGGAGGCAGAAGUUUUCUUUACUCCUGCUGAUAGGUAUGUAGGUGAAUUAGGCUGAAGGGUAAAGUGAAAGGGUGGAGUAUGGAGCAGUCAAAAGGGUUGUGUGGGGUAAAGGCUGCCUUCAAUUGAGUCAGGUGAUCUACCAGUAUAGUUAGUAACUUAGUAUGCAUCUGUCACCCAAUUUUUAAGAUCAUGGAGACUGGGUUUGCAGUGUGCAGGCAAAAGAGGGGAAAAGGUGAUUGAUUCUGAUGAAUGAUGAGCAGGGAGAAGCUCUACAGAAGUAGAGAUUUCAGUUUUCUUUUUAAUUAAAAUGAAGAGAGAAAAAGAAAGUCAGCUUUUUUUAUUGUAGAGGGAGGUGGUGGGGGACUCCUUUGUCUCAUAUUGUGGUUUCUUUUAGGUUUGGAGGACAUGAAUGGCUGAGGGCCACAUUGUCACAUGGCCUUCUGACAAAAUUAGCUUUACAUAUCCAUCACUGGUUUUUAUCCUUUUCACUGAGGGGCUACUCAUAUGUACAAACUCACUCACCAGUCACCACUCAAUUUUCUAUCUCCUUCCAACUACAUGAUCCCCACUUUUAACCCCCCUGCUGGUUCAGAUUUCAUUUGCAAGUCCAUCACUUGGUUGGUUUUGGACAAAACAGUUUGAUUGGGUAAAGAAGAAAAUGAUUUGGGCAAGUUGGACAACAGUCAAUGCAAAAUGUUUCACAGAUAGAUAUUUGCUCCACCAAAAACUUUUUUGCAUGGACAGAAGGGUCGUCUAUUUCGUGAUGUCGAUGAAUGUAUGAUUUCGAAUUAGUACUCACUUUUCUAAAAAGUUCUAUAGCUCACUCGUGUAAAAUACUACAUUCAAUUGGUGUCUGGUACACGAGAUUUGUUUUGGGCACAUGUGUUUUUUUGAGUUUUGAGGAAAAGAUUGUACCUGUUGCGUCCUCUGUUGCAAUUUUGGACGAGUAGUUUCGAGAGCUGUAGUACUCUUUUCCACACAUUGCACGUCUUAUGUAUCAACAUCCUGUUACUUAUAUCAUGCGUUACUUCAAAGAACAAAACGAAUUUAAACUACAAAUGUAAGUAUAUGAGUGUGUUUCUCAAAGAUUGUGGGUGUUGGUUUGGUUUGGGGGGUGGGGGUAAACUUGUCAAUUGCAAGUUAGGUGCUUUUGUUUUGUUCCAAUUUACAACAUCAACUAUUGGUUGUGCCCUUGUUUCAGCCAACAACCAGAAGGAGAGGGCAUAAGGAUACAAAUUUAGGACCACCAAUGGUGGGGUUUGCAAUAUGUCCAUAUUCUUCUUACAGAGUGACCACCACUCUUUCUUCAUAGUUUGUAGGGGAAGAGGAGGUUGGGAUGUCAAAAUCAUGCAAAACCCUAACCUCUCAUGUUUCUGCCCUCAAAAGAGAAAAACCCAAUUUGGGGAGCCUUUAGAAAACUCCAUAUGAAAUUUCUAUAAGAGAAUAUGGUAAGGGCUCCCCCCCACCAUUGGUUCAUAGUAUUAACAAGAAUACUAAUGUACAUUACAAUAAUGUCCAUAUUAGGAAAACUGGCUUGGCAUUAAUUUGCUUGGCAUGUGAUUAGACCCAUAAGAUGUGACUUGUUGCGUGGAUGGUAACCGUUGUUAAUGUCGUAUUUCGUGGAUAUGUGCAGGCUUGGUACUAAUUGCUAACUUUUGUCGAUGUAGGAACCGCUUCUUGCGUGUCUUUCCAACUGACUAGUUAUAAAAUGCAAUGACGCUUUGCUACGACUUGUCCUCGUCAACUUCUCUGGCUUGGAAUCAUCGUAUGUGUAUGCACGUCGUUGAUCAUGCCAACGUUUGAAUGAUCGAGCCUUCACAUGCUAUACGAGGCAAAAAUAAAAGAAUAUGUAAGUAACCGAGUCAUUUUUAUAUAUUUUCGUGUUUCAUUAGAGUGUCACCAUAGACGGUAGUCACCAAUCCCUUGUCGACGGACCGAGCAGAUGGGGGUUAAAGUAAAAUCCAUAUUCCCUGAUCGAACUCUUGACUAGGGGUGUCAGUUGGGAUCGGGUUCAGUUACCCGAACCGAAACCCGAAAAAACCAAAAAAACCGAACCCAAACCCGAUAAGGACUUGCGGGUUCCGGUUACCCGAAACCCAAAAAUUUCUUAUCGGGUUCGGUUAAAGCAAAACCGAAAUCCGAAAACCAGAACGUCUAAGAAUACGGGUUGAGUUCUAUUCAUUGGAGGUUUUUAGCCGGAACCCGAAAAACUGAUAAGCAAAACCAAACCCGAAAUCCGAAACAAACCCGAACCCGAAAAACCGAAAAUGUAUAUAAUCGGAUCGGUUUUGGGUAAACCCGAAAAACCGAACACGAAUGGACACCCCUACUCUUGACUCGAUUAUAUAGCGACAAGAUCAUCAACUCUACACGUCCUAUAACUAAUCAAAACCAAUGUACAACAAUUAUGAUAGUAAAUACAUUGGAACACAACAAUGACAAUACAUAAUUCGAGGGCUCCCAAAACCUUCCUGCUGCUGCAGACGUGAGAACCGUAGCAGUACUAUAUUGUUUUCGAGGCAAAGUUUGGCCAAUGUUUUACUGUUUGGGAGCCCCAUGGAAGACAAAAAAAUCAUUGUUAUUUGGUUACAGAGACAUCAUAGUAGUUAUGAUACAUACAUGAAGUUAAAGGACAUAAAUUGUUUCUUAUUACUAUCAAGAUGGAUCACUCUCUUUCAUUGCGCUUGCCUUGCCUUCUCAAUGUCUCGAUUUGUACAAUAAUAAGACCAGACUGGUCAAUUCGUUUUCUCUUCUGUUCUCUCCCACCCACCUUCCUAUCUGUGGAUAACUAGUAGAUGAUUAUACAUAUUAUUUGUCAUGAUUGUUUCUCACUACCGAUAAGGAAAUGAGAGGAUUCGACAAAGUAAUGAUAUGAAGAAAAAAAAAACACGACACACGAAUUUAUGUGGUUCACUAACCCAAUAUAUGUUAUUUACGUCC